AUGGUUCCAGAAAACAAAACAUCAGUCAGUGACUUUGUCCUGCUUGGGCUGACGGACCACACAAGGCUUCAGAUAAUCCUCUUUCUUUGUGUUUUAAUAAUCUAUUCAUUGAACCUGACAGGCAAUUUUUUGAUUAUGCUACUCAUCAUUUCUGACUCCACUCUCCAUAUUCCUAUGUACUUGUUCCUGUGGAAUUUAGCCUUUAUUGACAUCUGCUACUCUUCUGUUGUUGCUCCCAAGAUGCUCUCUGAUUUGCUUUCGACAAAAAGGACUAUUUCUUUUACGGGAUGCAUUUUACAAAUACAUUUUCUUCAUUUUCUAGGAAGUUCGGAAGCCAUACUUUUUUCAGCCAUGUCUUAUGACCGCUAUGUGGCGAUUCAGAACCCUUUGCGUUACUCAUCCAUCAUGAACAUACGGCUUUGUCUACAGUUGUCUCUUGGGUGUUUGAUGCUUGGAUUUUUGCAUUCUCUCUUGCAUACUGUAUUAACAGCAAAGCUCCCAUUUUGUGGCCCAGAUGUGAUUAACCACUUCUUUUGUGACAUUAAGCCAUUGCUGAAGUUGGCUUGUACAGACACUUCUCUUAAUUUGCACCUUCUCAAUGAAAACAAAACAUCAGUCAGUGACUUUGUCCUGCUUGGGCUGACGGACCAAACAAGGCUUCAGAUAAUCCUUUUUGUUUGUAUUUUAAUCAUCUAUUUAUUGAACCUGACAGGCAAUUUUUUGAUUAUGCUACUCAUCAUUUCUGACCCCACUCUCCAUAUUCCUAUGUACUUCUUCCUGUGGAAUUUAGCCUUUAUUGACAUCUGCUACUCUUCUGUUGUGGUCCCCAAGAUGCUCUCUGAUUUGCUUUCAACAAAAAGGACUAUUUCUUUUAUCGGAUGCAUCUCACAAAUACAUUUUUUCCAUUUCCUGGGAAGUUCAGAAGUCAUGCUUUUUUCAGCCAUGUCUUAUGACCGCUAUGUUGCGAUUCAGAACCCUUUGCGUUACUCAUCCAUCAUGAACAUACGGCUUUGUCUACAGUUGUCUCUUGGGUGUUUGAUGCUUGGAUUUUUCCAUUCUCUCUUGCAUACCCUAUUAAUUGCAAAGCUACCAUUUUGUGGCCCAGAUGUGAUUAACCACUUCUUUUGUGACAUUAAGCCAUUGCUGAAGUUGGCUUGUACAGACACUUCUCUUAAUUUGCACCUCCUCAACGGCAUCACUGGAACCCUAACAGUGAUCACCCUCUUCCUCACUAUUCUUUCUUACAUUUUCAUUAGCAGAUGCCUAAUGAAGAUCACAAACACAGAAGGCAGAAAGCGAGCAUUUGCUAUUUGUAGUGCCCAUCUCACUGCUGUUCUACUUUUAAAUGGAACAGCUAUAUUCACAUAUAUACGGCCAUCUUCACAAAGCUCUUUAGACCAAGACCGGGCUGCUGCAGUUUUUUACACAGUGCUACCCCCUGCCCUAAACCCAAUUAUAUAUUCCUUGAGAAACAAAGAUAUAAAGAAGGCUAUGAGGACAAUGACCAGGAAAUGGUUUUUCUCAUAA